GGCAGUUACCAAAAUCCGCAGGUUGACAACCGACUCCGACCGGAUGCAAACUUCAUGCAAGCCCAACAAUCUUCGUCGUCUAUGAACCACAUCGCUGCUCGUCGUGUGCUCUCCCGCGAAUGACACGUGUUGUCAACCACCACACGGCGACGUAAACGAUAUCUUUGUCUUUGUUUGACGCGCAGGGCUAGCCUCGUUAGCUGCUACCUUUAGCAGUAGCAAGUCGGUGUAUCAGUUGCUCUGUUAGGCACACAUGCGUCCGCAUGCAUCAGCUGUUUGCACAGGUCGAGCUUCAAGUUACUUGCCAGUCGAGUCUGAGUUUAUGCUAGUUCGACAUGUCCCAUCAGCUGACUGCAGAGCAGCAGCGAACGAUCGAGGAGAACAGGCGGAGGGCGUUGGAGAGACGAGCCCAAAGACUCGGGCAGCCUGUCGGCUUCAAUGAUGUCACCUCAGCAGGACCCGGCGGUGCUCCGGUGCAGAGGCAGCCUCCUCCUGCACACAGAGUUUCCCCGGAUCCCGCUGCUCUCGUCCAUCACAGAGACACGUCCACUUGCUCAGUUUCUGCACCGAAACGUUAUGUUCCACCCCCGAAGCACCAGUCGCAGGGCUUCAGCAACCAAAAGCAGGAGCCAGCAGCGCGCCAGCAGUCAGCAGGAGGUGGCAACCACAUCAACCAGGGUGGGCCGUGUACCUCUGCUUCCUCCAGACAGAAGAUCCAAGUUAUUGAGCCACUUCCUCAGGCGAGGGGUCAACAUGCCAGCAGCCCCGUCUUGUUCAGCGGAGGAAGCUUCGGUGGGAAACCAGCUCAGCCCAAACCUCACCUCACCCCCAGCGGCUCGGGCGGCGCGGCCGGCUCAUUCUACAAGCAACCGAUCGGCAAACCGGCCCAGAGUUCCGUGGUGCCGCCUUCCUCCAACCCCUCGACUUUGAAUGGCACGGCUGCAAAAAAGCCCGCCAUCUCUGUGCGGGGAAAAUGUGCACCUCAUACGGAGGGCCGCUUUAGAGUGGAAGUGGGCUACCAUGCAGAACUUAUAGCUGUUUUCAAGUCUAUCCCCUCCAAGAGCUAUGACCCUGCCACAAAGAUGUGGAACUUCAGCCUGGAGGACUAUCAACAGCUAAUGGAGCAGGCAGCCUCUAUCGCCUCUGUGUCUUUGAAGCCUCUGGAAGGAAUGGAAGCGGUGGAUGUCGCGGUGGUGGCGUCCACCUGUCGAGCUCGCGACGGUGCGUUGCUGGCGGCGCUGCUGAAGCUGUGUAGUGGCUGGCAGAAACCUGGAGCCAUUCUACAGGGCCAGUGCAUCCUGGUGUCUCGGACAAAGUUUGAGGUUGACGUUGGUUACAAUGCUGAUGUCAUUGCAGCGUUUAAACAAAUGCCGACAAAGGAAUAUGACAUGAAAACCAGAAAGUGGAGCUUUUCCCUUGACGAUUACAAGAGACUCAUGGAUCUCCUCGGUGGGAUGGCAGCAGUGGAGGUGGAGCCUCUGCCCAGGGCAGUAAUCCAGGCUUUCUCUGCCAGGUUUGACGGGACUGAAGCCAGGUCUUUAGACGUCCCGAAGGCCGACCUCUCCAGCAUCGACCCCUCGCUCACCCAAAGCCUUAUGCCCUUCCAAAGGGAGGGAGUCAAUUUUGCAGUGUUUAAACAAGGCCGUCUCCUCCUGGCUGAUGAUAUGGGCCUGGGAAAGACUGUGCAGGCCAUUUGCAUAGCAGCUUACUACAGGAACGAGUGGCCCUUACUGGUGGUGGCUCCCUCCUCUGUACGCUUCACCUGGGCUGAGGCCUUCAGACGCUGGCUCCCCUCCCUGAGUCCUGACAGCAUCAAUGUGGUGGUGAAGGCCAAAGACAAGCUGCGGUCCGGUAUGGUCAACAUCAUCAGCUACGACCUGCUGAGCAGGAUGGACAAGCUGCAGCCAGGAGACCCCUUCAACGUCCUCAUCAUGGAUGAGUCUCACUUUCUGAAGAAUAUGAAGACUGCUCGGUGUAAAGCAGCCCUGCCCCUAAUGAAGGCAGCAAAGAGAGUGAUUCUUCUGUCUGGCACCCCAGCCAUGUCCAGGCCCUCUGAGCUCUACACCCAGAUUCUGUCUGUCAGACCGACACUCUUUCCCCGCUUCCAUGAAUUUGGGAUGCGCUACUGUGAUGCCAGAAAGAACACUUGGGGCUGGGACUACUCGGGCUCUUCGAACCUCGGGGAGUUGAAGCUGCUGCUGGAGGAGUGUCUGAUGUUGCGGCGUCUCAAAUCCGAAGUCCUGUCCCAGCUUCCUGCCAAACAGCGCAAAGUUGUCACGGUGACAAUCGAUGGCAUCAACACCCGCACGAAAGCUGCGCUGUCAGCCGCUGCCAAACAGUUGGCCAUCGGACAUCGCAAUAAAAUGGAAGAGAAGGAAGCCCUCCUCGUCUUUUAUAACCACACUGCUGAAGCCAAGCUGCAAGCCAUCAUGGAGUACAUCACGGACAUGCUGGAGUGUGGGAGGGAGAAGUUUCUAGUAUUCGCCCAUCAUAAGUUAGUUCUGGAUCAUAUCGCCUCCGAACUGGGGAAAAAGGGUGUCGAUUUCAUCCGUAUUGACGGGGCCACCCCAUCAGCCGACCGGCAGCUGCGGUGUGAUCGGUUUCAGAACUCAACAAAGACCUGUGUGGCUGUACUGUCCAUCACUGCAGCCAACAUGGGUCUGACCCUGCACUCGGCAGACCUGGUGAUCUUUGCUGAGCUCUUCUGGAACCCCGGGGUUCUCAUUCAGGCAGAGGAUCGGGUGCACCGUAUUGGACAAACCAGCAAUGUGAACAUUCACUACCUGGUUGGCAAGGGAACUGCUGAUGAUCACCUGUGGCCAAUGAUCCAGGAAAAAAUGAAUGUGUUGGAGCAAGUGGGUCUUUCUGAGUCCAACCUCUCCGACAAUGCAGUGAACGCCAGCUUCCACUCUAAGGACCCUAACCAGAGGAGCAUCAUGGAGAUGUUCCAGAGAUCUUUCACGGCAGACGACGACAUGGACGAGGCCAUCUUACUGCAGGCAGCUGACGACUGGGACAACACUGUGCCGGAGAACGGCUCUGGACAACAUCAUGGCACGAUCGGACAAAGCCCCAGCAAAAGGAGCAUCAAGGAAUAUUUCAGCAGAUGACUUGGAACAAAAUUCUUUGACAAAAAUUAUUUUAACUUUGUCUUUUUUUUACUGUAACAAGUCCUAGUUGUCAGCCCAUCAUGACCAAUGCGAGGUUAUUUUGUUUUGCAAUGGUUAUCAGAUGCCUUAAAUGUUUUAUAAUACAUCAAAUAAUUGUCUAAUAAACCUAUAUAUAUAUAUUUGUUUUGCAUAAAAUAAAUGAAUCCUACCCGA